AUGACUGCGACUCGCAAAACCUGCCUGGUAACAGGCUGCUCUGGCGGUGGAGCGGGCGCCGCCCUAGCUGAUGCCUUCAAGGAGAAAGGCUACCACGUCUUUGCGACAGCACGCUCGCCGUCCAAAAUGCCACAGAGUCUUCACGAGGCAUCCAAUGUCACCGUGCUUGCGCUCGACGUUAGCUCAUCCGAGUCUAUCGCUGCGGCCGCCGAAGUUGUCCGCAAUCAGACUGGUGGGAAGCUUGAUGUUUUGAUCAACAACGCCGGGCUCGGAAUGAACAUGCCCGGCCUGGAUACUUCCAUCGCAGAUGCUAGAAAGGUGUUCGACUCCAACUUCUUUGGUGUCCUUGAGACGAUACAGGCGUUCAGCUCUAUGCUGGUCAAUGCCCAGGGUUGUAUCGUCAACAAUUCAUCUGUCGGUGGCAUUGUUCCAUUGCCAUUCAAUAGCAUCUACAAUGCGACCAAAGCGGGUCUCACCCAGGCAAGUGAGGUCUGGCGCCUGGAGAUGGCGCCCCUCGGCGUGCGCGUCAUGACUCUGCUCACGGGCGGCGUCGAGACCAAAUUUCUGUCUAACCUCCCUUCCCUGACGUUGCCAGAGAACUCCUACUACACGAGUAUCAAGGAUAUCAUUGAAAGCCAACCAGAGCACAUCCCGUUUGCGAUCAGCCCGGAAGCAUUCGCACAUGACGUUGUACGUCAGGUAGAGAAGGGAACGACUGGCAAGUAUUGGAUUGGGGGCGGUGUUAGCCUCGCUCGUGCAGCCCUGUGGAUCUUCCCACAAUGGGCGAUUGUGAGUAUUCUCUGGACAUGCUACGUGCUUGGUAGAUUAGAGCUUGACUGA